CUGAGCAGUCAACAUUUUUGAAAUAGUGUGCUAUUCUACAGCUUCGCAAGCUGAGAGUUAUAACUUGACACGCGCCAAACUGGUGGAUAAUUCUCUUACGGAUUUUGCAGACGACGAGGAACUAUAUGAAAUCGAAAUAAAACCGGCAUUACAGCGAUCGUCUCAUGGUGCUCCUUUAGAUAUCUGGUUGCAAAUGAUGUCAUCUGGUAAAGGCACCGAAACGAGAUCGUUGGCGAUGUCACGAUCAGUCGAUGUCAAUUCACAAUCAGACAUGAAAGAUGUCAUAAAGGUUGUUCUCCUGAAGGUGGCAAACAAGACAACUUCUCGUUAUGGCGUCACCCUCUUCCUCUUCUGUUCAUCCCUGUGGCUUCUCAUUCAGGCCUUUCUCGCCCUGCACAACGGCUGCUGGAUAAGCAACCCACAGAUUCUCAGCAAGAUCAAGGAAAAGACGUCAGCCGACUGUCGAAUGUCGCCAAAUUUGGCGGGAAUCCACAGAGAAGAAACCGAGGGUGUGCACAGUCGAGAGCGCAUCCCAGAUGCCUUGCAUCUCUUAUCGCGGCAGGAAAGCGGCGGUGCUGUUGAUGUUGAAAGGGCAGUGUUUAAUGUCAUUGUCGAAAUGGGAGUCGCUGCCCCCGCCGAGGUGCCGGUUACUAUGGCCGAGGGGGAUGCACAAGGGGGGCAGCGAAAAGAGAGUUUGAAUGUUCCCGAGAGUGAACGAGAAAAGAGGUCGGAGGAUAAAUCAGUGGCCACUCAAAAUGGUACAGAGUCAAAGAACGACAAGAAAAUAAUAUCGCAAGAAAAGACUAUUGUUCCAGAGAGACAGACUGUCAAUGAAAACGUCCCGGUUAAUACCCAGGCAAUCAAAACAAACAAUGAGACGACAAUGAAACAGUUAGGUAGGGAGCCUACAUUGAAACCGUACAUUCCGCUUCUACCUGGGUCGGGUGUCUCGGCCCUGAAGCCUGUCCCUUACACGCUUCCAAGGAACAUUUCCAAGGAUAUCGUCAAGAUCACCAAAGAUUCUUGGGAGACCAUGGGUUGCUUCAACCGCGUCACGAUUUUAACCCCUGGUACGAACGCACUGCCCAACGACAGCGAGUGGCAGGAACUGUACCAAUCCUUUAGGAAAUACCGCAUGGGAUACUACCUUCUCCAAUGCCCUGAGAAUGUGUGUGAUCUCAUCUUACGUGCGAGUACUUCAGCGAAGACUAUCGCAGAAGGCAGCGCAGUGCUCGUAGGACCAGGCACGAAGAGCAUGCGCAAUAAGACGCGCGUGAUUAUGGAAGAAGUGAAGCGUCUUACUCCGGACAAUCUCCUUAAGAUCUACCUUUUCUCUCUGGACAGCUCUCCGAUGAUGAACUACUACGAUCCAUCCAUGGCGAAUUUCGAGUACCAUUACAGCAUGACGUAUCAUUCCCAAUCGGAUGUGCCGAUACCUUACGGUCGGUAUCGCAAAGGGGUUGGCGAAGAAAGCGCGCGGAAUUGGGCAGAAGGCAAGAAGGGUCUCGUAGCAUGGGUUGAAGACAACUGCGACAGAACAUUCUGGCCGCGCAUCGAGUACGUACGCGAGCUCAGCAAACACAUUUCUGUUGAUAUGUAUGGGAAAUGCGGGAACAGGACGUGCGCGUCGACGCACUGCAAGGAAGAACUUAAAGGCUACAAAUUUUACCUCUCGCUGGAGGAGGCGGCCUGCGACGAAUUCAUUACGCUAAACUUUUGGCAGCGCGCUCUGUCGUCUGGUGCAGUGCCCGUGGUUUACGGCGGAAAGAAAUUCGCCUACACGAAAGUUGCUCCUCCAGAUUCGUUCAUCCACAUAGCUGACUUUGAGUCUCCUGCAGCACUGGCAACCUAUCUUUACAAACUCAGCGCGUCAGAUUUGGAGUACAACAAAUUCCACCAGUGGCGGACUUUGGGUUCCGUCCAAAUUUCCGGGCCAGGGUUCAGCUUAGAUUCUCUAUGCGGUAUGGUGCCACAGCUUAUACAUUUGUCACCGCCUAAUAGGAGAGUGAUGUCUAGAGGGAAGUUUUACAGGAGUUGUCGGAAGGGUAUCUAUGUGAAUGGGUUAGCAGGGUCAGGUGACCUUAGCAACUGGGCACCUUGGAGAUAACCUAGACAUCAUUAUAGUUCCUAUACAAAGAGACAUAAAAUUACAGUUCAGCGUCCUGCGAUCAAAUGAGAGAUUCAUACAAGGAGAUGAUGCGAUGAAAAUCUUUUUUUUUUGCUGAAUUAUAUUAUAAAAGAAAGCAGUAUUAUUUGAGAAUUAACAUGCUAUUGGUCUUCAAAGAUUGUAUCACUCAGUACAUUUAAUGUAAUUUGGUUUCAUUUAGUCAUCUUUGCCGGCUGCAGACGCUACGUCAUUAUCUUUGCGGCUCUGCGUCAAUACAGACAUUCAAGCCUACUGAAUGCCGGCUGCCCGUGGGUCCCUUGUGUACGUCGUUCUAUGGCGUUUUAGACAUACGAAUGCAAAAGACACCAGACAACGACGCAACACGUUGACGCAGGGGUGCCUUGGCCUAUAGUGUAAGACUAUGCAUUUGUCCAAACAAAGUCGGCGUUGACGCAACAGCAGCGUAGCAAAUGAUCAAAUCCACACAAGCCAAAAUUACGCACGGAAAAUUGGGUUGGAUAAUCUUGUGAACAGUCGCUCACUGUUUAAUUUGGAUUGAGUGACUUUUAAAUGAGCAAUUGACGGAGGGACUUAAUUGACGCUUCGUGAGCAGCCGGGAUAUGUGUAGCUUGAAUUCUCUUCAACUGGCCGAAUCAAAUGACGCCGGGAAGUUACGUUUUAUGUGCAGUUGCUAUUUAUGUGAUAUGAAUUAUUGGAUGAAUCAUUUUUUGUAAGUGACGCAUGUCUGCAGCCGGCAUUAGAAACUAUGAAUUAAUGUCGUCCCUGAAAUAUCUAGGCAAAUCAUUCAUUCUUGAAAGGACGGAGAGUUGCAUUGUCAUUUGAAUACAUAUAUUAGAUUACAAAGAUCUUUUUUAUUAAAUAUGAAGGUGAAUUGGUACGUUUAGUGAAAUAUCAAUUUGUAUCAAAGGGGUAAUAUUGUCGCAUAACAAUUCAAAGGCCUGUUAUUGGCAGAAAUGUGAAUAAUCCUUUAACCUGUAUUUGAUUGAUUAAUGUCGGAAGGAGUUUUUUUUUUAGAUGAAGGAAAAACGGUGCCGAAAUUUCAUUUGAAGUACGGCUUUAAGCAAACAGAGCCUUUUGAUCUUUAAUAAUACCGUGUUUAGUAUAUCAUAGUUUUCGGGAAGUUUAAAUAGUGCCACAAGGAGUGUUCUAUGUGAUGCGAUGACAGGUAUUCGUCUGCUAAACUUUGUUAAAGGUCGAGACUUGUUUGGAAGCUUAUAAUGUUUAAUUUGAUUAAUCUCUUGUGUUAUUUAUUCAUCGGUUGGGUGAAGCUUGUAUGUGGGCGAAUUUAAAGUGGGGUCUAAAAGACGCCGAUAUUUUUCGUGCAAGAUUAAAGUGUGUCAAUAUACGAUACUGACAAUGAUAGAA